CUCCUCACAAAAUUUGGACACGAAUACGAGGGCAAUUAUGUCCAAACCCUCCAAAACAUACUCCUUACCUAUUUAAAAACCGUUUCUUUGUCAGAGACUUGACACAACACAAUAACUUACAAAUUCCACCCACACUAUAUAUAUGCCCAAAAAGCCACACACGCCGGCGCACCAUCUUUUUCCGGCGACAAUUUCUCCCUCUUCCAUAUUCUCCCUUCCUCAGAUCACACACAAAAAGACACAGUCACACACAUAUAUAUCCUAGACUCAGUUUUCAAUUUUUGUUGUUCUGAUUAAAGAGGCUUUUUGAGUUUUCUGCUUGUAUCAAUUUUUUGUAUGAUACGAAGGACUGAUUGAAUUUGGAAUCAUUGGGAUUCUUAUACAUAUUAAUCGGUGAUUUUGUUGUUGUAAUUUAGUGUAAUGACUUCGGAGCUGAUCUUCAGGGGUCACGAAUCCCAACCCGUUUCAGACGAGUACUCCCCGAAACCGCCCAAGCCAUGGCUGAGUGUGAUUCGACCCAUUCGUUACAUGCUCCGGGAACAGCGCCUCGUGUUCGUCUUCGUCGGCAUUGCAAUAGCCACCCUCGUAUUCGCCCUCCUCCCUUCCUCCUCCUCCUCCUCCGCCUCCGGCAGCCUCGAUUCGUUUAAUUACGGUGGUUACGGCGGUCGACACCAGCUGGACGAGGUGAUCUCUUCCAGAGAGUUCUUGCCGGCGGGCGGUGACCGGAUGGCGAUCUACCAGAACAACCGCGGGUUGGGAUCCGGAACCGGGAAAAUCCCACUGGGUCUGAAGCGGAAAGGGCUGAGGAUCGUCGUGACCGGUGGGGCCGGUUUCGUCGGAAGCCAUUUGGUGGACCGGCUGCUAGCCCGGGGUGAUAGUGUGAUCGUCGUCGAUAACUACUUCACCGGAAGGAAAGAGAACGUUAUGCAUCACUUCGGGAAUCCCAGAUUUGAGCUCAUCCGACACGACGUCGUCGAGCCGCUCCUGUUGGAGGUGGACCAGAUCUACCAUUUGGCUUGUCCGGCUUCCCCGGUUCAUUACAAGCACAACCCGGUCAAAACUAUCAAGACUAAUGUUGUGGGUACUCUAAACAUGUUGGGCUUGGCCAAGAGAGUGGGAGCCCGGUUCUUGCUGACCAGCACUAGUGAAGUGUACGGUGACCCUUUGCAGCAUCCUCAAGUGGAGACUUACUGGGGAAAUGUCAACCCAAUUGGUGUACGAAGCUGUUAUGACGAGGGGAAGCGAACUGCUGAGACACUGACAAUGGACUAUCACAGGGGUGCUGGUGUUGAGGUUAGGAUUGCUAGGAUCUUUAACACCUACGGACCUAGGAUGUUUAUUGAUGAUGGCCGUGUUGUCAGCAAUUUUGUUGCUCAGGCUUUGAGGAAGGAACCAAUGACCGUCUAUGGUGAUGGGAAACAGACAAGAAGUUUCCAAUACGUUUCAGAUUUGGUAGGAAUUUUUCUGCAAUUAAUUCGUCAUUUUAUGCCGCUCUUUGUGAUUAGUAUUACCGUGUAUAGCUUUUAAAAUCGUUAUCUAUUCCUCUGUUAUUUACUUGAUUAUUUUGACUUUAGGGUGGUUUUGUCCUAUCUUCCAUUUUAUGCUCCUGUCAUAAGCACAACCAGUACUGUCUUAACUCUCUUGUUUGGUAUCUAAUUGUACCAUCAGUGAUAUGAAUCCUAUACGGUGGAUCGUGAAUAUUUGAGCACUUCUUUUAUGUUGGCUGCAUCUGAAACUUCAAACUUUUAUCAUGUAUCACUUGCACUUUGUUCUUUUGUUGAUUCCUUGUCGAAUUCUGUGUUUAGUGAUAUAAAAUUUUAAACCAUUUAUUGAUUGCUCUUUGUGAAGGGUUACUUUUGUUUAAUUUUCCUUGAAGCUCCUCACUUGACAAGAUCACAUAUUUUAAUUACUAUUUCCGAUGUUGCUACAUUGAGAAUCAAUUACUCAAAGCUUGUUUUGCAUCAGUGGCUAUGUGAUAUUUGAUUGAGUUUUAGUUGUGCUGUGAUGUGCAAAUUAGCCUUCAAUGACUGACUGUCUAAUCCAACAAAAGAGUAUGUAUCAGAGGGUAAUUAGAUGGCGGGUUAUGAGAUGCAUUUGUUCUGAUUUUAUUGUGCUUUGAAGAUCCUGUAUGCAUAUACUCGUGAAGAAGUGGAUAUACCUGUAAUUUUUGUAUCACCGUCAUUUUCGAUUGUUUCCGGUGCUUUCUGUCUUGUUGCUACUUGUUGAUUGAUAUAUAGGUUGUAGGUUGGUUUGAUUGACUAUAAUGUUGAAUACAUGAUUGAUUCCAUGCUUUCUUCCCAUGUAGGUUGAGGGUCUCAUGCGCUUGAUGGAAGGAGAACAUGUUGGGCCUUUCAAUCUUGGUAACCCUGGUGAAUUCACAAUGCUUGAACUUGCUGAGGUAUGGCUCUUUUUUGUUAACUGUGUUGUGCUACUGAUCUUAAGAUCAAUCAUGUUUCUCAAUCUUCCAUCUCUUUUCCUAAAAAAGUUUAGUAUGUGGUGUAUGUAGUGUUUUCACCCUCCAAAGCUAACUAGAUUCAGAUGUCCUUGAAUGGAAGUAUACAAAUAACAAAUUUGAUGAUCUGUAGCAACAUAUCCCUUAUUUGUAAGAAUACAUUCAUUGAUGCAUUCCUCCAUGACAAUUUUUUUUUUCACAAGCUACAACUCCUUGAAAUUCUGGAAUUUUGUUAAAAACUGCUACAUUGUUUUUCUAUAAAGUCAGUUUCUUCGAUCCACCCUCAAAAGAAAGCUGACAGUGUCUUGGUAAGUUCCAAUUUAGUCUGUUAGCUAAUGGAGGUUGAAUCCUAACAAGACCGGUGUCACGGUUUGCUGUUUGCACCUGAUCAAACCCGUUAAGCCUGAAAUUCAAAGUGCUUAAAUAUCAAAUUAGCGGUUCAACUUUUCUGCUGAAUGGGGUCAGAGUGAUCUGAUCUUUUUAUGCCAUUUGUGCAGGUUGUCCGAGAAACUAUCGAUCCAAAUGCUAAGAUCGAUUUCAGGCCUAACACAGAGGAUGACCCCCACAAGAGAAAACCUGACAUUUCAAAGGCGAAAGAGUUACUCGGAUGGGAACCGAAAGUCCCACUUCGUAAGGGUCUUCCUUUGAUGGUUGCUGAUUUUAGAGAACGUAUCUUUGGUGACCACAAGGAAGACAGCUCCUCCGUCUCCUAACUUCGCAAGAGCCCACCUGUACUUUAGUCCCCCGGACAGAUAGAGCAAGAAAUCUGUAGCUCGGAGAAGCACUUAUUUCUGUUCCUUACGGCAUGUGCCUGAACUAGUAUAGUAAUGGUGGCAAAUCAACGUUGGAAGGAGAACGGUGCCUAUUGUUUUCCCUUCAGUAUAGCAUUUAAAGAUGGUUAUAUUAUAGUAAUCUCAUAGUUGAUCCCGCAGUAAUUUUGGUCGUUUGUUCUGUAAUCUCGAGUCCCCUAUCAGAAGUACUCUUCAUAGUUGAUUCCCGAGAGCCUAUUUUAGGCAAUUACAAUGAAUAACUUUGCGCGAUUCUUUUAUGGUAUUGCAGUUAUCAUUUUCCCUCAAGGCUUUUAUCGAUUUAUAACUGUACCAGAUCAUUCGAACGGUUCGCAAUUUUUGGGUCUUUUUGAUGAAGCUAUAGAAAUGUGAGUUCACGACUGAAGGGAAUUGAUAAAUCGAGAG